AUGUCGGCGUGGAUGAAGCGCCACUCAUCGAGAGACACGUCGCCGAGAGUGUUCGAGGCUGUGCGUAAGGCGGCGGACGAGGCGAAGAGGUCGGCGACGGCGGUGCGCGACGGCAUCUCCAGCAGCGUGGAGGGUAUCUCACACGGCGUCCGCGACAGCGUGGAGGGCCUUUCCCACGGCUUCGAGCACCUGGGCCCCUUCAGCCCCGGCCCCGCGCCGAGGAAUCCUGCACAAUUCUCGCGGUCGGUGAGAAGCCCCGGAAGGGACCGGAUCGAGACCAUCUCUUCCACGAGCUCAACCUUCAUCACGGCGGGAGGCAUCGAGCUGAAUGUGGAGGAGUUUGUGCCGCCAUCCGGACUAGGAGUGGCGACGCUGAUCCACUAUCACGGGAUUUGCGAAAGCGCAGAGACCGUGGCGGUGCAGCGGGUGGCGCACGCCGCGUGUCAGGCCGGCUGGCGUUGCCUCGUCCUCGAGUUUGAAGGCCACGGGCUCAGCAGCGGCCAGCGGGCGGUGCUCGGCAGCUUCUCGCGCGUCGUGGCGCAGGCCGUUGAGCACGUGAAGUGGGAGCAGAGCGAAGGAAUGAGCUGCUUCGCGCUCUCCGGUCAUUCUUUUGGCGGCGCCGUCGCACUUUAUGUCGCAGAGCACUUUGCGCCCGGCCCAGGGCUGCUCGGCGUUGCCCUCGUGUCGCCCGCCGUCGGCUGCAACGACAGCGCGCUGCCCUCCACGCCGGUCGUCGGCGCUCUGAGGAUGGUGUCGCACAUGACGCCGGGCCUAGCGUCCAACUCGACGCCGCUCGAGGACCCGACGCACUAUGCGCACCCUCCCAACUCCACGCGCAACUACGCCGGCCACUGGCCGCUCGCAACCUCUCGGAUGCUCUACGACCUCACGACCGACCGCGUCGUGCGCGACCUGGCGAGGCGAAAGUUUGAGCUGCAGACAGGCAGGUCAUUCACGAUGGGCCUCUCGCACCCGCUGCUCGUCGUUGGCGCGAGCGACGACCCGCUCGUGCCCUACUCUGCGCUCGAGGACAUCGUGAAGGUCGCCACGGCGCCAAACACGCGGCUGGUGCCGGUCGACACGCGGGAGGAGGGGGUGUCGUGCAACGAGCCCGGCCCGCACAAGUUUGGCAUCCUUUUCGACGACGAGCUAGGCCCCGAAGUGGCCGUCGAGGCACUACGCUGGCUUGAGUCCAUACGCACCAUCCGGCCGCACCCUUGA